AGGAGAUUCUGAUGAGAUGUUAUUGAUACUGACAGCCGAUAAAGCAUAAAAUCUAGUAAACAAAAGGUAAGCAUUUAAAACACCGUGUCUUCGUAGUUCAUUUCAUUUGAUUGCAAGAUGUGCACUACUAGGAGCCAAAUACUGGUUUUGGUGGCGGUUUAUGUCAUCGGCGCCUCAGCAAGACCCCAAGAGCCAAUCAUAACCCCAGAACAACAGUACGAGGCUGCUCAGAAAGCGAAGUACGAUUUCUCAGCUAUUGUCGAUGAUGAAGUGAAUGAUUUGACACAGUAUCGUCAAGAAACACGAAAUGGACUCGAUGUGCUAGGUUCCUAUGGUUAUAGUGAUGGUUAUCUGAAACGAAAAGUGACUUAUCAAGCUGAUGAGAACGGUUUCAGAAUUUUGAGUGACGAGUUGGAGCCGUUGUCUGGUCCCAACGUCAAGCCCGAGGGAAUUGUCUCAGUCAACACUCAAUACGACGGAAUUGGGAUUGAAUACAAAGUCAAACAUCUCCUGCCAGAGACAGUGCCCAACACAGGAUAUCUGCGUCCCCGGUCAUGAUAGUCUCGGGAAUCACUAUCGUUUUGUGACAAACUGUGAACAUUUUAUUUUACUUGUGAAUAUUUUUUUAAUUAUAAAAUGGCUUCAUUGAUAAA